UACCUUUCCCCCAUCUACUCGCUGAACCAAACACUAAUUACGACUCUCAACAACUUCAACGUACUCGAAUAAUCCUAACAUUUCCCUUGUCUGAAAAGUCUCUGCUGGCCAUUCUGCUGCAAACUCUUGUACGGUACGGUACGGUUCAAUAAAUAUCCUAAAGGGCGGUCGAAUUGCCCAGCCAUGAAUUGCAAUAGUAUUGCAGAUGACAUUUUCGAUGAAUAUAUCGAGUACAUCGAGUAUGACGAUAACGAUGAUAUCGACGAUCUCGAAGAUAGCAAAGAAAAUCGUACGAACAAUACAGACGUGGUCGGUCAAAGAGUUUCAAAAGAACAAUACUCGCGAAUGGACCAAUUUCAUAAAGAGAAUUGUGAAGCCUUGGUUGAGGGGACCGUUUCUGAUCAGCUUUGGGACGAUUUAACAACAGAUUUGAACGAAAUGGGUCCGUCCGUGCAAUCUGUUCAAGAAUGGAAAAGGAAAUGGACGCUUCGUAAAUACUACCACAAACGGCGGUUGCUAAAAGGUUCCAGUUCCAAAAAUGUCUCAGCUGAUAAACCAUCACAAUUCAUAGCUGAUAAACCACCACAAUCCAAAGCUGAUAAACCGUCACAAUCCAAAGCUGAUAAGCCAUCACAAUCCAUAGCUGAUAAACCAUCGCAAUCCAGUCAUUCCGUCGAAGAAUCUUCAGGUGGUCACAGCGAAUUUGAAAUAGUGGUUUUAAAGAAACUCGACAAAAUAUUAAACAAGCUGAAUCAAGUGAUUGAAACUCAAAGUUCCAAAAUGGAAUAGUUUUGUUCAAAACGAUGCUUUAUAUCGGAUACUUAUAAAUAAACAAACUGAAUGAAGUGAUUGAAAGUUAAAGUUCCAAAAUGGAAUAGUUUUGUUCGAACGGAUACUUAAUAGCGGAUACUUAGAAAUAUAAGUGUUAUUUUGCUGUAAGCAAUUAAAUGAUGUUUAAAAUUAAAAUAAAUAAAAAUG